AGACUCUCUGCAGCUGAGAUAAGUACGCGCGCGCGAUUGGCUUUAUGUCUGUACCUUGAUGGGUCAGACAGUUAACACACCAGAUUCGUUUUAUUGAAGAGAGUUUCUUUUUCAUUUAAUUUGCUCUUUCAUUAAUAAUUGUUGCUGUUACUGCUGCUGCCGCUGCUGUGCAGUUGUUUGUGUUUUUCAUUUCGCGCUUCGCAGAGUUACGGUUACCGAAAAAAAAACACACAAAGAGAAUAAUUUAAUAAAGACGACAAGAAAUGAGUGUAACCAAUCCGUUGCUGUUGCGCCUAUCGUGUUGAUAAUAUAUUAGUUCUUCGUUUUUAUUUUAUUUUUUGAAUGGUAAAUGAUUUAAUAGGCAUUUGAUACAGCCAAUUCCGUUUGAGAAGAUGUAAAAGUUAAAUUGUGUGUCAGUUGUAGUCGCAAAACCAAAACGGCAAAAAAAAAAGAGAAAGACAAUUGAGUAUGUAGAAACACCUUGAACGAAGAACUACACGCUGCUGCAAAUGGACAGAAGGAAAUAGCGGAGUAACAACGACAGAAAAAAAACCUUGUGCGAAUUUAGUCGAUGAUUGGUUUUCAUUUGAAAUUAAAUGAUCUAAAUACAUUUUGAAGAAACACCAGAAAUAAGUAAUGAUCAUAUCAUUUGUGGAACAAAGUUGCAUUGUUUGUGGUUGUGUGAUGUGCCCGCGCGUGUUGUUUCAUAUGGCCAUUAUAAUUGAUUGAACGCCAUCAUGGUGAUCUGGUUCGGGUGCGAGAAUGUAAAUGUUUAUUGUUUGAUGUUCAAGUUUAACAAUCAACGUGCGGCUCCCACCGAUCAAUAGAGCACCAACAAUAGAUUUUGGAUUUUAUUUCAAGUUUUGCAUUGAUUUGGUUUCAGAAGACAAGCAAAACAAAAGGGAAGAAAACUGGCCGUUCAAGCAAAUCUUUCUCAAUAAACAGACACAGUUUGGGUAUUGUCAAUGAUAUCUUUACUGAAAACGGUGGUGAAAAUUGAAGUUGAAUUAGGUAACACGCACUUUUGAUGUUGUCGUCGCCAAUGCCCAAAAAUUGGGCCGACGCAAAACAUGACCAAUUCAAUUGAAUAAUGAUCGUUGGCACUCAAGCGAAAAUACAACAAAGUAUGAAAGCAAAAACAAAACGCACACACAACCAGCCGUGCUUUAUUCAAAAUGAAACAAAAAAUUAUGAGGUGUAUUACUGGAUUCAACCGACGAUUUUUUUUAUUAUUCUUCUUUUUUUCCAUCUCAUUGUUUUCGAGAGGAAACAGGUCACAAAAGCUGCUUAUUUAUACAUACAUUCACACAGAGCCAGAACUUAAUUAAAUCUUUACGAUUAUUGCAAAACAAAUUAAAUGUUCACCUUUUUCGUUGCAUUCAGUGUGUGUUUUUCUCACUUUGAAUUUUAGUUCGUUGUAAUUUUCUUGUUUCGCUUUUGUUUUACUCUAACUCUCUCUUUCAAUCAUAACGAUAAUUCGAUUGAUCAUAUUCAUUCAAAGACUGCUUGGAUUCAAUUCAAAUGAACUGAUACACAUUUGCCGGUCAUACGUGUUAUUCCGGAAAACAUCUACCCAAAAUAUCUAUUGUUACGAAUAACAUCUAUUUUUAUCUAUCUGUAUAUGCUACUUCGGUAACUCGACUCGAUCAUAUUCUAUUGUUUAUCAGAGACGAACUGUAAUCUAGCGACAAUAGUAAACGAAACACUUAUCACUUAAAUCGUUGCGUUCGCUUGAAUUUGAGCAGAGAUUGUUCGUCAGUUUAUUCAAUUUGGUUGGUUCAUUUGAGCAGCUACAACAACAACAUCGACAAAAUAUUUCACCUUACUCGGCAUCUUAUCAUCAUAUUGUGUGUGCAUUUCCCCCCUACAUACGAUGCCACGGCUAUUUCGGUUAACGUUCAGUUAAUGUUUCAUUCAAACACAAUACGAGAAGUCAAUUGUAAUUGUGUGAUAAAGUGCGGCCAACCACUUGAAAUGUAUACUCAAUGUAGUCCUAAUGGAUUGAUUUGGCCAAAACGAAACCAAAAAGAUAAAGAGAGAAUAAAAGAGAGACCAAAGAGGGACAAAAGAGAUAAUCUAGUGACUUAAUUUCCAAGAAUCAUACUAUUUAUUUCGAUUUGAUCGACCUAUACCGUGGAUACAGAUACUAGAUUCUCAAUUUUUGCAUUUCCAUGGAAAAAAAAAUGUUGUACCAUCACAACGUUAAAUGAUCACCGACUCGAACCGAACAAAACAAUACAGACACAAUCGUACGAAGAAUUCUCACAGUUGAUUAUUCCAUAUCUUUGGAUGGUACCUGUUCCUAGAUUAUGGGUUUUUUUUCUCUGUAUUAAGAAUCUGUUUUUUGCAUUUGAGCGAGUGGUUUCAUAUAAAAAUCGAUAAACCGCUUUAAAAUAAUGACAGUUUUCAAUUGAACAUUCAUUAUCACACAGUAGGGCUUUCGGAAGCGGCAAUUUGAAUUGUAGCCGGUUUUGUUUUUGAAUUUAACAAACAUGUCGAACAAAGUAUAAUCGAUACGAAAAGUGACAUUUACGAGUUAUUGAGGAAUAUUUGAAAAACAAUUUUAAUGCGUUUUUCUUUUAUCGAACCAUAUCGCAUUUCCGCGAAUAAAAAACACAAAGAGUUUGAGAGAGAGAGAGAUUGUGCCAAACCAGCGAUCAGCAUACGCAUAUGGACAGUGUGUGUGGAUAAUAAGAAUCAAAACAAAAGGAGAGAAAAAAAGGUGCAGCUGGUCAACACACGCAAAUUGAAUACAAAAUAAGUGAAUAACUAAGCACAAAACACAGUGAGACAAAGUGAUACAUAGAGAGAGAAAGAGAGAGAGAGAGAGAGAGAGAGAGAAGAAGGAAAACAACAAAUUAUAUAGAAUAACAAUUCCACCGGCUUAACUGACUUGCACAUCGAUAACAGAUAGGAACAAACACUUCAUAAUUACGGGCUGCUCUAACGCCAUAAAUAACAGAAAACAGUAACUGACAAAUUCUAUGCAUGCCAUAUCAUUCGAACAGAAUCGCAUAGUCGUUUUUCUCUGGUGCUUCUUGUUUUUCUCUCUCGAUUUUGUUCGUUAUUUUAUUUAAAUAACACUUUUGUUAAUAAUUCUAAGAACGUGCUUGAAAAAUGACGUCGCCACUGUUUAAACAUAUUUUUGCUGCCUUUUUUAUCGUUCACUUAUCCAAUCACAUCGCGUUCGCUGAACAUACAACAGCAACAGAAAACACAUCAUCACCGUCAACACCACCGAAACGAGUAUCGAAUCGCUUCUUAACCCAUCUAUUUCGGAAAUACGGCAGCCACGGCAAGAUAUCAUUUGAGGGUUUCGAACAUUUGAUGCACAAUUUGGGAAUUGGUGGCAUCGAUUUUCCAGAAAAGCACACAUUGAAUGAACAUCGACCAAAUGGAUAUAAAUUGCCUGAAGUUACUUUUGACGAAGACACAUCGACAUUCCAAAAUGAGCCACCAUCGAUCACUUUAGAAACCACAACACCUGCAACAGCAUAUGCAGCGGAAAAUGAUUAUCUCAUUAAAUUAAUUAAUACAUUCGAUAAUGAAAAGCAAGAAGAUAUCUUUCGUACGAUGCACGAUCCAAACCAUCGACAUCCACGACAUCGAGAUCAUUCCAGUCAACAGAGAAAAACAUGUCUUUCGCCGAUUUCUUUGGUGCAAAUGUACAGUCCAGACGCGAUGAAUGGAACGAUAAAAAAUAACCCGGUAUAUCGGUCAUCAUCCGUGUUGGCCGACAACAAUGAUGAACAUCAGCACCAACAUCAGCAUGAGCAUCAGCACCAGCAUUCGGACGAAGAUGGCGAUUAUAGUAUAUCAAAUAUUCAAAUUACACCGGCCGCAUUCAUGAAUAUGUGCCCCGCAUUAUUGGUGCAAAUCGAGCAAGGUUCAUGCGCCGAACAACAGCAACAACAACACUUUGAUGAUGAACCUCUGCCAUCAUCAUCGGCAUCAUUGCCGUCAGUGCAACCAAAAGAACCAAGAGAAAGCAAGGUUAUUUCCAGCUUUGCAUGGAUUGCGGCAGUUGUGUCAAUCACGAUAAUAUCAUUAUGUGGAUUAAUUGGAAUUGCCAUGGUACCACUUACGAAAUUUAGUGCAUAUCAUGAGAUUUUACGUUUUAUGAUCGCCAUUGCCAUCGGAACGCUGGUCGGAGACGCUUUGAUGCAUUUGAUUCCACAUGCGUUAGCGCCACAUGACCAUGCAUCAACGGAGGAGAGUCAUAUGCACGGCGAUACUCGUCAUGCUGAGGAUGCACAUGAUCAUAGCAGCGAGACGGAGGCGGUUUGGUUGUGCGGUUGUGCCUUUUUGACGGCAUUAGUAAUGUAUUUCAUCGAAGCCCUACUGCCAUUGUUAUCUGGAAAUGCUGGCCAUGGCCAUAGUCACGGUGGUCACGGUCAUGGGCCAAAAAUAUCCAACAAAGUGCAAGCCGAAGUGAUUCACAGUCCAGAAGACUGUCAACAUCAGCAAAAUGAAAAUCAGGCAAGUAACUGUGGUAGCUGUGAGGAUCUCGACAACGAUUUGGAAAACUCAAAGAAAAAUAUCGAAGAAAAUGUGAUGGUUAAGGACACAAAGGUGCGACCGUUGGGCGCUCUAACACCGGUCGCAUUCAUGGUGAUCAUUGGUGAUGGGCUGCAUAAUCUGACGGACGGAAUGGCCAUCGGAGCUGCGUUCGGUGUGGAUCCAGUGACAGGGAUGGCUACCGCAUUAGCGGUUUUGUGUCAUGAAUUGCCCCACGAACUUGGCGAUUUUGCGCUUCUUCUCCAAACAGGUGUCAGUCUACGACGAGCAUUCGUAUUUAAUGUCAUAUCAUCAAUGCUCAGUUUUAUCGGUAUGAUUUUCGGUUUGUUGAUUGUGAAUGCAAACAGUGCAUUUGUGCGGUGGAUUUACGCAGGAACUGCUGGCACAUUUUUGUACAUUGCAUUUGCUGACUUAGUGCCAGAGCUCGGCCGAGCCGAACAAUCCGUUAAGAUGACACUCAUCCAAGCACUUGGCAUUCUGAUUGGCGGCAUUAUUAUGCUCUUAAUCGGCCUCUACGAAGACAGCCUUAAGAUAAUAUUCGCUACUAUAGAGAGCUGAUCAAAUAGUCAUAUAAGUGUUAUACAUAAUUUUUAAAUCGAAUUAGAUAGUUUAAACUAUUCUAAAAACAAGAUGAUAGAUCAACAAAUGUAUAUUUUUACAGAUCAUAGGAAACGCGAAUUUUCUAGCCAUUUUCAACGAAAACAUUUUUCAAUUCAUUUUAACAGUGUUUAUACGUUUUAGUAGCGUACGUUUUCAUUCGUGCGCGCACCAAGCGAAAGAGAAAAAAAAUACAAUGAAAUCAAACGCAAUUUCGUAUUUAGUUGAACUUAAGUUUUAAUGAAAUUUAUUCAAUAUAGAUUUUAUUUAAAUACAUUUACACUAUUUAUUAUUGGUUUUUGACUCCAUUUUCCAUUGCGUAAGUGGAUGUCUGUAUGUGAUUUUUUUUUUGUAUUUCAACAUUUUCGUUUUUGUCUGUUUUGAAAAUUGUAUCGUUUGGAUUUCAUACUUCGGUCACAGUGAGUGUGAUGAGAAUAAUUUCUUGUAAUUGUACGGAUUUGCUUCAUUAUUUUAAUCAUUAUUGUUAGAAGAACAAAAUAAUUGAAGUACAUCCAAGCUGACGACACUUCAGUACAAACAUCAUUUGAGCGCUCGCAGCGCCACGAACUCUCGUAUCAUUUUGUAUUGACUUUUCGAUAGUUCAUGAGUUCGCCGUAGACUUCGUCAAAACGUGUCGUCCCUUUGAGUACAUCUGCUCAAUGUGAAAACAUCGAAAUAUAUGUAUAUUCUUCUGAGAGUGAGCAGAACCGACACUCAAUCACAUACUUUUAAUAUUUUUUUUUAUUUUAGUGUAGAAAAAAAAAAUUGAUAACGUAAAAUGAAAUCAAAUUAUUUUUGGACCUAAUAAAAAGAAACCUAAUGCCUAUCUCAA